AAGUUUGGUGGAACGUCAGAGUUGUGUGUCACUUUGAAAAUAAACGUGGUUUUUUCAUCACGUUUUUCUCGGAGGAUUUUUUAAUCCUUCCCGUGCUUGGAUCUGAGCACUUUCAGUGUUUAGUGAUUGACUGUAUCCCUGAGGAGUAAAUUUCUCUGAAAUAGUGCGAAUUUAACGUGAAUCUCAUAUUAAAAAAGCCAUCGAAAGGUCGAGCAUGAUUUUUUGAAAGGUGCUCUUUGUGCUUCUGAACUGUCCAGGAACACUUCUAGCCAUGGAAGUGGAAAAUGCUGUGAAUGGUGUUGUUGUGGUUAAGGCAAAGUCUGUGAGGAAGGUAUUUAAGCCAGCAACGUCCAGAACGUUGAAUAAAAUCCCUCAAGACAUUCUUCUGAAUCCCGAAAUCAAUGCAGCUAUCGAGGCUCUGCCCAAGAAUUACAAUUUUGAGCUCCACAAGACCAUUUGGCGAGUGAGGGAGACCAAAGCCAAGAGAGUAGCUCUGCAGCUACCAGAGGGUUUGCUGGUGUUCAGUUUGGUCCUCUGUGACAUCCUGGAACGCUUCACGGAGGCAGAUGUCGUGAUAAUGGGUGAUGUGACUUAUGGGGCUUGCUGUGUGGAUGAUUUUACUGCUAAGGCUCUGGGAGCUGAUUUAUUGGUGCACUAUGGGCAUAGCUGCCUAAUCCCUGUGGACAGGAUGACAGGAAUUCGUGUCCUGUAUGUCUUUGUGGACAUCAAAAUUGAUGCUCUGCACUUUGUGGACAGUGUCAAGGCUAACUUCCCUUCGAAUAAGCAUCUGGCUCUCGUGAGUACCAUUCAGUUCGUGACAACACUCCAUGCAGCAGCCAAUCAUCUCCGGGAAGCUGGAUUCACAGUGACAGUGCCCCAAUCUCGUCCCCUGAGUCCUGGAGAGAUUCUAGGCUGCACAGCUCCAAAGCUGCCAGAAUCCUGCGAUACCCUGAUCUAUCUGGGUGAUGGCAGAUUCCACCUAGAGGCUGCCAUGAUCGCAAAUCCCACCGUGGAAGCCUUCAAGUACGAUCCCUACGAGAAAAAGUUCACUUCCGAAAAGUACGAGCACUCCCAAAUGCGCCAAAUGCGACUUCAAGCCAUCGAAGAGGCAAGAUCAGCCAAGAGAUUUGGCCUGAUUCUUGGCACCCUGGGACGCCAGGGAUCCACCAAAGUCAUGGAGUAUUUGCAGAAAAGACUGAAGCAGAUGGGCAAGGAGAGUGUCAUCAUUCUCCUGUCCGAAAUCUUUCCCAGCAAACUCAAACUCUUCAGAGACAUCGAUGCAUUUGUCCAGGUGGCCUGUCCAAGGUUAUCAAUUGACUGGGGUUCGGCGUUUGAGAAGCCCCUACUAACGCCAUAUGAAUUUUCUGUGGCCCUUGGAGAUGCUCCAUGGCGAUGCAAAGGUGAUGACCCAAAAAAUUCCUACCCCAUGGAUUUCUAUUCGUCACAGAGUUUGGGGCGUUGGACACCCAAUUUCAAACCAGAGGAUCCCCAGGAGGGUUGUGCUCGGAUCGCAGGUUCGGGCUGCUGUGGCAAAUGCGAGAAGGGAGACUUUGACGAUGCCAAGAAAGCCCCAGCGGCCACAUGAUCAGAAACAGGUGUUUGAGCAACAUUCAACGCAACAUCCGCAAGAAGUGUAAACGACAUAUUAAUAACCAUAGAGAUAUUGUAAUAAUAAAAGUGACAUGAUAGGAAAAUUAACAUGUCUGAGGGAAUGAGGAAUCUCUCUCAAUGUGACAACAAAUUAAAAUUAAUCAGACGGUGCAAAUAAAUCAGCCACUGUUUAAUUACA